AUGGCUUUUAGAACUCUCACCGACGAAGAUACUUCAAUUCAAGAUAAUGCUAUCCGCGGAACUAAUGAGGAUGCAAUUACAAGUAAACUAUCUGCUGUAAAUGCAGGAUAUAUUCAAGAUGAUUAUGUAAAAUAUUUUCACAAAAGACCUACCAAAAGAUCACCUCUUAUUAACAGAGGUAGUAUCUCAUCAUUACAAAAAUUUUAUAAAUAUUUUGAAAUUGAUUUUCCUGAAAUCACUGCGAAAAAAGCCGCAAUUAUUCGGAAAAAUAAAGAAUUAUCAGAGAUUAUUGGUGAUGAUGCUCGAAUAGGUCGGUUACGAUAUAAUUUUAAUAAUUAA